GCACCCGGAAGUAGCUAGAGCGAGGCCUUUGUAGCUACUAGCUUCACGGCGGCAGAGUGAGAAAAAGCACACAAUCACUUGUGAAGGACGGGGGAGAAAUUCAGUCGCCGCUCGCCACACUUUCCCCCUCUUUUUUACCUCUUGGCGCCGUAAGAUAAUAGUUGUAAGAAGGGGGCCAACGCUUAAAAGCCCCGGGCCAUGUCUGGACAGAGGAAAGGUGCUGCAGCUCGUCUGCCAAAAUGUGCCUUCUGCCGAACCAGCCGGGAAAAAGAGUGCGGGAAGCUACUGGUGUCCGACAGCCAGAAGGUGGCAGCCCACCAUAAGUGCAUGCUUUUCUCUUCGGCCCUGGUCUCGUCACACUCGGAGAGCGAAAACAUUGGCGGGUUCUGCAUUGAGGAUGUAAAGAAGGAGAUAAAAAGGGGAAACAAACUGAUGUGCUCUUCCUGUCACCGGCCAGGGGCUACUAUCGGCUGUGAUGUGAAUUCAUGCCGAAGGACUUACCAUUAUUACUGCGCUGUAAAGGACAAAGCCCAGGUUAAAGAGAAUCCAUCACAAGGACUUUACUUAGUUUACUGCCGCAAACAUCGAGAUGCUUCCAGAGAUGACAUUGAAGAUGAAGAGGAAGGUGUGGCCAAUGACUCGGACUCUUCGCCUCCACAAAAUAGGGGAAGAGGAAGAUUUGAAAGGGGGAGAGCCAAGGUUCGCGGCCAAUCAGAAGACGCCCGCUCCACCUCCUCCCAGGCUGCAGAUGAGGAGACUUCCUCACAUCGGGAGAGGUCACCUCUUCGGGCCAGCCCAGGUGAUAGCGGCCAGCGCUGUGGCUUUUGUCAUGCUGGAGAUGAGGAAAAGGAAAUGAGGGGAGUGCUUCACACCGAUAAUUCCAAAAAAGUGGCUGCUCACUACAAGUGUAUGCUGUUUUCAUCUGGAACAGUUCAGCUGACCACCACAUCACGGGCCGAAUUCGGGAACUUUGAUGUGAAAACAGUAAUCCAAGAGAUUAAAAGGGGGAAAAGAAUGAAAUGCACGCUCUGCACUCAGCUCGGUGCAACCAUUGGGUGUGAAAUCAAAGCCUGUGUGAAGACCUACCACUACCACUGCGGUCUGCAGGACAAAGCCAAGUACAUUGAAAACAUGGCACGUGGAAUCUACAAGCUUUAUUGUAAGAACCACAGUGGAAACGAGGAACGGGAUGAGGAGGAUGAAGAACGAGAGAAUCGCAGUAGAGAAAAAGCAGCAACCGACCAUGGAGGAACACUCUCACUGCAAGUGAAUGGCAACUAAGUGUGUGAUUGGUGGCAAACAGCAGAGAGAGCUCUACAUUUUUAUACAUGAUAUCAGCCUACUCUCAAAGUUGUGAUUUAUAAUUUCCCAUAAACUCUGCAAAACCUCGCCUUUCCAAAUAAAUGGACACACUGCAUCGAAACCAGAUGAGAUUUUCAUGCACUGGUGAUACGGACCGAGCAUGGACUCCUAUGGGACUGAAAAAGCCAAAGGUUAACUUUUUCAAGAGAUAGUUCUGGACACAUCUUUACUGAGUGUGCUGCUGUCACCAAUUAGUGCUGAAUGGACUAAUGUUUUAGUUGUCAAUUCACAGAUUACUACAACUAAUGAAACAGUGCAGUUUUGUUGGUCUUAUCUUAAAAAAAGAUAUCAUGUUAGCCUUUCUUUACGGAUAUAUAAUACUUUGCUAUUGUGUUAUCAUUGUCUGUCUUUUUGAAUAUGUGCAUUUCAGACACAAGUCCCAAGUUUUCCUGGCAUGCACUUGCAUUUUUCCAUGUGGAUUUUUGUUUUUCUAUUUAGCCGCGCUAAAGAGCACAGUCAAGCUCGACAGGUAAGUGGACUUGGUUUGAUGUGAUGUUACUUGUAAUCUCUGCAAAUGUAUCCAAUCUUUCUUUUAUUUUGCAAAGUUUUGUAUUUUACAUGUUUGCUGAAAAGUGAGAGAAAAUGUACUUGUCAUAGAGCUGGUAAGUGAGAGGAAUGUCACACCAGCCCAAAGUAUCAGGAUGUCACUGUCUAUCUCUGUGAAUUGACCUUACUUUUACAUUCUUUGAUCAGACUGAAGCUUCUUAAGCUCAUCUGGAACAUUCAUUCUGCCUUUGUAGUGUUUUCAAUAAAUCAAUUUGUGCGUUUCAUUCAUGGAAAUGCACAGAUAUCUUUUUUCGUAAACAA